UCAACACCUUGACCUUCAUGAAGAGACCAAGGUUGGCAAAGAUCAGGUUAGAGCUAUGAUUUGUAAGUGGUUCGGAGAGGCCCACAAUACUGGCUCCUUUAUCUCAGUAACUGACGAAAUUGAAGAGCUCUGUAAGACUAAGGAGAAACAUAAAGAUACAGUCAAAGCUAUGCAGUGGAUUCUCAACAAUAUCAUAUGUAAACCUUCUAAAAAGAAAACUUCUGAAGAUAUCCUAGUGAGUUUCAUAAAUCUAGUGAAUUCUCUUAAGAACAAGUAUCAUAACGCAGAGCCAAUCCAAAAGUUGAUCUAUGAGUUGAUAAUAUUCUGCUGCGCAUUACUGAGAGAUAGCAAAGUGACUGUUCAGACAAAAUCUCUCAACGUAAUAAACCAAGUAAUGUGCCAGGUUAAAGACCUUGAGCUUCUAGAUGAUAAAGCAAGAAAAUGUAUCUGGUCUAAUGCCCUAUUCUUUACCAAAGAGAACAAGCCAGUUGAGCUUAAGAUAACUUGUCUUGAAAUAUCAGGGCGUAUCCAUAAGUUUCUUAUGAACAGAGAUAAGAACUUUACUGAGAUCAAUGAAAUCACAAAGCAUCUCAACUACCUUGUAUUAAAAGAUGAAGAAGAGAGAGUCAGAGUCCAGGCUUUCAAAGCCUUACCAGUAUGUGAAACUACUUAUAAAACAGUUUUCACUAGGAUCACAGAUAUUGCAAAGAAAAUCAGACAGAUUGCGUAUCAAAAAAUCUCAAAGACAGACAUUACUCUGAAGCAGAUGCCUGAGACUCUCAAAAUCAGAUGUUUCAGAUUUAUUCAAGAAGAAGUUUCGAAAGAAAUUCAGCCAGAUGCAGAACAGUGCCUUCAAAAGUUGAUCUUCCCAAAGAAAGGGGACAAAAAACUAUGAGAAAUCUCAAUAGAAACAAACCUGGUGAUGCUUAAACUAGUCAGAAAAGGAUUUGAAACAUACUUUGACAUUCCUCAUAUCCUAGAGACCGAAGGCACAACAGCUGUAAAUUUUAUCAAAGAUAAGGCUAAACUAAGUCAAAAUAACUCAAAUCAUAUUCCUAAAGAGCUUGAGUUUUAUAAAUCUUGCUUUGUCUGCAUAUACAUUUUGUCCUACCUCAAAGAACAGAGGGAUUUAGUAGGUCUGUAUACACCAUUUGCAAGGAAGUUACCAAGUGCUUAUGAAUUCGAGCUACUAUUCAUUCACUUCCAAGACCAAAAAUACAUCCUGAGUAUGCUAUGCCAGUUGAUCAGCCAUAUCCAGCUUCCUGAUGUAGAAAAAGACAAAUCUCAGUGGGAAGAGACUGUCAAAAAUCAUGGAAUGAAACAAAUAGUAAAGUUUUGCAAAUCUAAUCCUGAGAAAUCCAAACUCAUCAGUGAGGAAGGUGACAAAGUCGAUUUCAUUCGACUUUAUAAUGAAGAACAUCUCCUGAACACUAUUAUAGACGAAGUUAUUUAUGAAUGCAAGCCUGACCAUAAGGAAGGAAGACAAUACAGAAACAAAAAGUAUUCAGAAAUCAUGAGGAAUGCAGAAUUUCAGAUUACAAAUUUCGACCAGGAUUCUGAGAAUUUGACGAAAUUCGAACGAGUUUGAGACUUAGUAUAUUUCAACCUGACCCCGAACAGUAAAGAUGAUUUCUUUGUCCAAGUAAUGACCAAUUUCAAAUCAUUUUAUUAUGAGUGGAUGUCAAUUCAGGAAAUUGAAAAAGAUGCGGAGAAAAGUUGUUUUAACUUUAUUUUCCAAAAGAUCCAGACUGCUUGCCAGAGAUUGAAUAUUAUUCAAAAUGGAAAUGACUCUGAGGAAACUAUUGGACAGCAGGUUCUUAGUAAAAGAGAUGCCUACAAUCGUCAAAACGGAAGAAUGAUAUUGAAGACAAGAUCAGUAAAGCAGAAUUCCAAAAGAAACGUGAAGAAAAAGGCCUACUCAAAGAACAUGAAGAGGAAGCUCAGAGAAGAGAAGGAAGAAAUUAAAAACCAGAUCAAACAAAUUAAGAAAGAUCAUGAAAAUCUCAAGACUGAGGUAGCAGAAUUAUACAGAAAGGAUAUGAUCUGGACAAGCCAUUAUUUGAAAAUAAUCAAGAUGAUCAUUGAGCUAGAAGGCAAAGAUCAUGUACAGAUGCUUAAGAAUAAAGGCCAGGACUUUAUCACCUUUGUUGAUGAGCAUAUCAAACCGUUUAUGGAGCAUCCGUUUAGUAAAGAAAUAAGCCUAGUUGCUAUAGAGUGUGCUGGUGCAGCAUGACUAGCAAGCCAAGAAGUAGCUCUUGAGUAUAUGAAGUACUUUAAAGAAAAGAUAGAAAAGUUUGUACCUCGGAAAAAUGAUGAUAAAAUUCCAGAUUUCAAUUCAGUAGAGUUUGACUUUGAUGAAAAAGCAGUUCAAGAAAGGGUAAAAACAAUAAUCCCUGGUGAAGCAUCCAGAUAUCUCAAAAUCAUUACAGACUCCAUCAUAACCCACUCUCUCCUCUCUAAAUCCACACUGCAGACUUCUUCCCAAGACACAAAAUUCCUCAUCAACGAUACCAAAACUCUCCUCCUAAAAAACCUCACCAACACUUCAAAACCCGUCCAAAACACCACCUUCGUCUGCCACACUGCUCUCCUCAUGACCAACUCCUUCCCCAACCCCUCUUCCCUCCUCACCAGAAUCCUCCUCCUUCGCGAGGAACUAAAACCCCACCUUGAACGCCAAUCCAAAGGCCUUCGCAAAAUCAUCGAUCUCUUCCUAACCACUUACUCCAAAAUCUCCAUCUCAAACCUCACCACUCUCUACAAAUCCUUCCUUGGCAGCCUCACCUUCAUCACUCUUGCCAAGGCCAAAGGCUACCCCUCCCCUUGGCUCCACAGUAAAGAGAGGACACUAGCGCAGCUAGUCCUUCCUCUUCUUAGCCUGAAGACCAACGUGGCCUUCAGCCUUGAAGGCAAGGCUGAGGUGGACUUCAACAAGGAAGUGUUGGGGUAUCUGUGCUGGAUCCAGAGAUUUCUGAAGUGACCAGGGCUGGUGAAGAAGGUAGCAAGUGUGCUUGUGUUUGAAGCGACUGGGGCGCUAGGGCCAGGAGAGCUGGGAGCAUUGGGGUGACUGAAGGGGUAUGUAGAGGGGGUGAUGGGCAUGGAGAAGGUUAAGGGACUGGAGAAGGUGAAGGUUAAGGGGAAGGAAGAUAGUGAAGAGUUUGUGAGGAAGUUAGUAGGGGAAAUUGAGUAUGAGACUAUUUGGGAAGAUGCCAAGGGAAUUUUUGGUAAGAUUAUGACGAAGGAAGGGGAGUAUGAUGAUAGGAAAGUGGAGAAGGAAGGAAAGAAAAGGAAGAAAGAUAGUGAUAGUGAUCAUGAGGUUAUGAGAGAGGUGAGAGGUAAAUUGAAGAGGUUUAGAAAGUAAUUUUUAGAAGGUGUCUAAUUUAAAUUA